AUGGGGACGACGUCUACCCCUCCAAAGGAGGGUUCUUCAUUUACUCGACUAUUUUGGCCGAAGACCAGUUCGAAUCCGCAAGCGAGUGUAUCACGAACGAAUGCCACGACGCAGGCAGGCAGCACGACGCCUUCGUCCGACGUGUCGGACGCGUCGACGACACCUGCUGGCUCUCGUACAUCAGUGCAAACGAUUCCCAUUGCUAUGGGCGCCACACCGUCAGGGCCUGCGACGCCGACGGAGGAGCCUACCGUGCAUGUGAGCGAUGGCGACAUUAUUGCGCGGGGGCUUGAUUCGCCGGACGACGAGGUUGGCUCAGUGCUGACCGAGGACGAGGAGGAUGAAGAGGACUACUGUCGUGGUGGGUACCACCCCGUGAAUGUCGGUGAUAUCUUCUCCAAUGGACGGUACGUGAUUGUGCGGAAACUGGGCUGGGGCCACUUUUCGACGGUGUGGCUUGCAAAGGACCGAGUGGCGAAUCGCCACGUCGCGCUCAAAGUGGUCAAGUCGGCACCGCACUACACAGAAACGGCCCAGGACGAGAUCAAGCUGCUUCAGCGCCUGGUCUCGGCGGACCACGACCAUCCUGGCCGACGACACUGCGUGUCCCUGCUCGACCACUUUCGACACAAUGGCCCCAACGGCUCCCAUGUAUGCAUGGUGUUUGAGGUACUGGGCGAGAACUUGCUCGGUCUAAUUAAGCGAUACCAACACCGCGGUGUGCCUGUCCACAUUGUCAAGCAGAUCGCGAAACAAGUGCUACUUGGUCUGGACUAUAUGCAUCGGUCGUGUGGGAUUAUCCAUACGGAUUUGAAGCCGGAAAAUGUGCUCAUUUGCAUUGAUGAUGUCGAGAAAGUAGUUGAAGCUGAACUACGAACCAAUCCCAAGGCCGUGCCGACCAAGCUGGUGGGUGUGCCGCCCAGCCAGGGCCGCGGUGGCACGCAAACGCCUCGUCGUGAGUCGGUGUUUAUUACAGGCUCGCGCCCGUUGCCGAGUCCCAGCAGCAGUCUCGGCUCAAGUCCGAUGCUGGACAAGCUUGCGUUCGCCAUGUCGAAGAUCGGCGACAAGUCGAAUCAGUUUGAGUCGCCGUUGAUGAGCCCUGUGACGGCAACUAGUUCGUACGGGACGCCUACGAUGACGGCGUCGUCGUCAGAGACGGGCGCGCCCGGUGCGCCGUUUGGCAGCAAGAUGCCUGUGGGUGUGCCGCGUGGUGGGCCUGGCCCCUCGCUGCUGUCGCAGCAGGCGCGCACGGCGCAAGGCCGUGACGAGACGUUGCCGUUGGAUAUGGCCAAGUCGUUCUCGAGCACCUCGACGGGUCUCUCGCCGCCGGUGAGCACGUCGCCUGAUCCGCUGCGUCCUGCGCCUGCGGCAGGGGAUCCCACGACGCUGCCGCCGCCGCCGCCGUACGACCCUUCGACGCUGGAACGCAUUACUGUCAAAAUUGCCGACCUGGGCAAUGCCUGCUGGGUCGACCAUCAUUUCACCAACGAUAUCCAGACGCGGCAGUAUCGCUGCCCGGAGGCGAUUCUCGGCGCCAAGUGGGGUCCGACGGCGGAUUUGUGGAGUACCAGUGCGAUGUUCUUUGAGCUGCUUACUGGCGACUAUCUGUUUGAUCCGGCGGCUGGCAGCAAGUACAACAAGGACGAUGAUCACAUUGCACAGAUCAUUGAGCUAUUAGGCGACUUUCCCAAGAGCAUUGCGUUUACAGGGCGGUAUAGUGCCGAGAUCUUCAACCGCAAGGGCGAGCCACGUCAUAUCCACAAGCUACGGUACUGGCCGCUCGUGAAUGUGCUGAAGGAAAAGUACCUGCUUACACCCGAGCACGCCGAAGAGCUCUCCAACUUCCUUCUCCCGAUGCUCCGUCUGAACCCGGCGGAGCGGGCGACGGCGCAAGACAUGCUCUCGCAUGAGUGGCUCCAAGGCAUCAUUACGCAGGGCGAGAUUGAUAUUGUGCUCGAGCAGCAGCGCCGCGCCGCCGAGGCGGGCGGCGUGCACGUGCCUACGCGCGAUGAAUUGGACGCGGAGGAUGCGCUGAAGCCCAUUGGCUCUGGCGCCUCCUCGCCGCUGUCUGGCAGCCCAGGCAGUCACAGCGGCGUGGUGCCGCCUGGCUGGAAGGGGGGCGGGGAUAUGGCGACCCACGUUCUGCAGACGCAACUAUCGACCACCAAGCUGUCGCCUGGCGCGCCCUAA